CAGGCAAUGACACAGCCAAAAAAGGAAAAGGUUCCAACAGCAACAGCACACAUCACCAAAAGGCAAUUAACAACCAAUCCAAAACCACGCAAAAAUUCCACAAUUUCCCAAUCAAAUCCUCAGAACAAUCAACAAGUAACAAAAGCAACCAUACCUGUUGGAAUUGGAAUGGAAGGCUCUUCCAUAGCAGUGGCCGCCGCCGCAGCGUUUGCCUUAUCAGCUGGUUGCAGCCUCCUCCUCUUCUUCCUCCCCUGCGAUAAAACCGCCACCGCAGCACGCAGCUCCUUCUCGAAGCCAAUUCACCCCUGCAUAAGAACUAAUUCCUCCACAUCCACAGUGAAAGGAGGAGCGAGAAAGCAAGUGAGAUUCGUCGGAGUGGAAGAUGGUGAUAGCAAUCAGAACAAGAAAAUGGUGAAGAAAGCGGCGGCGGCGGCGAGGAAAUCCCCCGGCGGGAGGAAGCAAAGGGGAAGCGUACCGGAGAACUGGCGGCGUCUGUACUGUGGAAUCAACCGCUACAGAUCGCAGCAAGCUGCUCUGCUUAUGUAUGCAUGAUCGAAAUUUGUGCCAGCUGUAAUUUCCUAAAAACAAUUAAAUUAAAUUAAAAAUUGAAGGGUGUGUAGUGUAGCUGUACAUAUUUGCCUGUCUUUAUUUAAGAUGGACUGCUUGUAUUUAUUUA